UAAAAUAUUUAAAUUUUCAGGCGACCCAAUCAGGCGUUCGUAUGGUGGUCACGUGAAAGCGCAUGGACGGCAACGUAUUUGUAUCGAAAAAGUUUGGACGAUUUUGAUGAUUACUUUAACUGGACGAUGACCCACAGACGAGAUUCAGACGUUAAUGGAAUGUUGUAUCCGUUUGUUGCGAGAGACUUUGUGAAGACAAGACUCAAGCAAACGAUCGACGCAGAGAACGACGAUUUGCCACGUGAUCCUGGAAUCGUUAAGGCGGAAAACAUUCUGUUUGGAAGCGAAGAUCAACGGAAGGACAACCAGGAGAUGGAGCCAAAGAUUCGUGAUGUCAUCGCACGAAAAACAGGAGUUGUUGCAUGGGUGGCAAGCAACUGUGCCCUCACAGAGGGUGCGAAACAAAGGUUCAUUGUUGUGCAACAGUUACAGAGGUUAGGGGUUGGGGUGGAUAUUUAUGGACACUGUGGGAACCUCACUUUUGGGAGUAAAGGGUUUUACCCAACAUUGGCUGACUAUAAGUUCUACUUGGCCUUUGAAAAUGGGGUUCAUUGUCGGGGUUAUAUCACAGAGAAGUUAUGGUUCAACGCAUUUUACUCUGGGGCUGUUCCUAUUGUGUGGGGUCCUCCUAAAAGUGAUGUGGAAGAAAUUGCUCCUCCAGGAUCAUUCAUUCAUUAUGAUGACUUUAAUUCACCUGAGGAGCUAGCUGAGUAUUUAAAACACUUAGACACAAACGUGGACGCUUAUACAAAGUACUUCGCGUGGAGAUGGAAAAUACCGGGUUAUUAUCCUUUACUAGGUGUAAAUGACUAUAAAGACCGGGCUUUGCUCACAAAACAUAAAAACCAUUUUGAUAACGCGUUUUGUGAAUUGUGUCGGUUCAUAAAAGGGGGCGUGAACCAAGUUUAUCAUAAAACAGUUCCUUCACUGAAAAAGUUUUGGUUUGACGCCGAUACAGAUGAUUGUUUAAAAAGAAACUGAUGUUUUUAAAGUUUUUGCUAGAGUAGUUUUUAAGAUUUCUUAAAUAGAUAAUAGAUAUUUUUUAUAGUGUUUGUCAAAUAUAAGUUAAAUAAACACCUGUGAAAAGUGGUGCAAGCAAUGCCAGGCUAUUGUUUG